AUCCAUUGACACAUAGAGUGAAUCUGCUCAGCCAUAUGGACCCAACGGCCACCCAUUCGCUAUCGCCCCAUUCUCAGGAAGUUGCUCCAUCCAUUAUAUUUGAAGCGGUUCACACACGCGCACACCCUCACUUGUCCUUCUCUCGCUCCAGCCUCUCGGCCUUUUCUCUGUCUUCCCUCGACCCGUCCAAGCUGACAGAGGGCCGUCGAAAUGCAACCCAAACGUGAAGCACACCGCACCGCCGCCCACGACAUACAGCUUAGUCGACCCCCACGCACACGACGCGCGUACACACAUGUUGUGUGGCCGAGAUGCACCAUGAUGGAUCACACAUCUCGAGCUUGGUCAGCGCACAUUGCGCUGAAAAUGAGAACCAUUCACUGACUGGUCUUGUGUGACUUUGCAAAUGUCACCAGGAUGCCAUGCAAAUGUCACCAGGCUGGUGAAUCGCCCAUAUGUUUCAGCUGGAUAAGUCGCUUGUGUCUCUGUUGUCAGUAUGUGUCUCAGGCGAUGGCUUUAAGACGCGAAUUAGCCGGCCACCCACAUGCAACACAAUGGGCAGUGUCAAUCCCUCAAUGUCGUUCCGCAAUGAAGAGCAUCUUGGAGAUGAAUGCCGCCUGCACGAGACGAGACAUACACACGUACGGGAAACUCAUGAGAAGCACCGUGAAUGAUGCAGAGUCCUGUGCACAUACCGAGGAGCUUCGAUCACAAUGGGCCUCCUUGGGGUGGGCUCGAUGCUGGUAGACGUAGCGCUCGAUGAUCUGCUCCACGUCCUCGUAUGACUCGUCAGUCAGGUGGUGGUCAUACAGGCAUGUCUUCGCCAGGUCUAGGUUGAUUUGGAUGGAGCCUUCUAGCGCAGUCGCGUCUCUGGGUCGCUCAGGGCAUAUCAGCUUGCUCACUUGCCUCUCUUUGACCCGCGUCUUCUGUUUGUAAGGGUCCCAGUAUUCUACGGGUACAGACAUGGUGAACCCGUAGCUCGCCAUGCACCCAAUCAGGCGCUGGACUUCAAGCGCGUCGUCCUGAGUGACGAGAGCCACAGAGCCACACUCGGGAGACAGCUGCGAUUGACCGUGUAUAACGACAAGGCAAUACCACGUAUCUCAGUGCCUGCUCAUCAGGCGCCUUGCGGUGGCAUGGGAGGGCCGAGUGCGAGGCGAAAGCCGUGUCGUCUUCCUCGUGGAACCAACCAUGAAGAUCAGUCAGUGCGAGACUCCCUUCCUCCAAACUCAGCUGCGGCCAAACAGAGACAGCACGGCCGUCUGCACGCCCUGGUCUCCGUGUCUUCUUGUCUCUUCCGUACCGUCCUCUUCUUUAAUUCCUCGUGUGUCUCAACAUUUCCAAGGUCCAGCAGUCUCAUCUUCGAGCCGGCAUCUGUCAUACAUCAGCAUUGCAACAGUCGAUAUGAACUUAUGCCCUCUGCUGUGGACGUCUGUCGCGUCACUCACCCAGCGCGCAAUGAUGGAAUCCGUGUCUCAGCACAGCUCCCGCAGCUCUUGUUAGGAGGGUUAUGGUGUACCAGCCCAACGAGGUCGCUUUCACCUUCUUCGUCGCUUGGGACUGGUCCCAAGCAGCAGCAAAAGAUCGAAGUCAGACAUGUCUCUUGUCUGCUGUGGCCAUACUUGUGUGUCGACGCGCAUGUUGGGGUUCCUCGCUUGGGCGAGCCAGCCGAUGCCUCGGCGAAGGGCAUUGAGCUCCUGGCCGUACGAAAGAAUCAAACAGUCUGCGUGAGGACGGCGAACCAAUAUAUGAGUGGCAAGACCGGCGAGGAAUGCCCCCCGCGUACCCGGCAGAAUACUGCGACCAUCGGGGGCUCGCUGCACCGUAAUCCUGUGGGGCAUCCUGGGGAAUGCUCGGGCCUCAUACUCCUCGUACAGGCCGCCGUGAACGUGAUCGGUCAUUUCUUUCGACAAAUGGUACCGCCUCCAGAAUCUCUGCAUGGCUGAUCGACAACAAGAAGUCAUUUGUAUUGCGUGGCAGAGCCGGCCUUAUGACGGACAUGACGCCACCUGUGCUUUCCUGUUCCAGUACGCCCUUGAGUGCUUCUUCUUCUUUGGGGACGCGCUUGUAAUCUGCACAAAAUAGAUGUCUCCAUUGGGCUGCAAUUCAUGCUCAUUCCUCACACCGACCAGGAAACGUGGGGUUGAGGAGUGGGACUUUGAUGAGGACAGGGGAGUUGUCGGGCAGAGGAGCUCCCGUCACGUCAUCUAAGUCGACAAGCUUCCACUCGCUGCCUGCAUGACGCCCGAGAAGAGGAAAAUGGCCAACGCGGACUAGCUGCGCCACUUCCGCUGUCACCUUUUCGGAGGUUCGCAGUCAGUGCAAUAAGAGAGGAUGCAUGGAAGACCUCCAGGCGGUCAACAUUCUCGGGCUCCCCCAACAAUGUCAUGUCGACAAACUUGUCUGCACAGCACGAAGGAGUUCAGCGAGAUCAAGGAGUCGCUGGUCUGACGUCACCUGUGUCAGCCUGUCCGCUUCGCUGCACAAUGAUCGAAUACUCCUCAGCCAUCGCCUGAACGUGACGAGUGAGACACACACGGGCAGAGACAGACCAUUGCAAGAGACAGCCCGAGUAUUUGUCAGCGGUGUGCUGUCACCUUCGCCGUGAAAAAAUUUAGGCCAUCAGGGUGCUUCUUGACGUAAAACUGCUUCUCCUUGAGUUCGCCGUCGGCAUACCAGAAUAUGACAAAGGCCUUGUCGGCCUCCUGCCAGCGGACGCCCAUCGCCACCUGCCGGCACCGCACGAAUGGCUGGCUGCAUAUCGGGGCGACGUACUUGAGAAUCUUCGCCCUGUCGAUUGCUUGAAGUUCGGCAUCCGGCUGUGUGUGAGAAUCAUUGAGUACCCCCAGACCGUCCGUGACGACAGCCGCAGUGGCAGGGCCGGCGACAACGAAAGAGAACAACAAAACGAGAUGCAUUCUGAAGCAGCGGGUGUGGUGCAAUACGCGAGAGGAGCAACGCAGAGAGCUUG